UUCACUCCUACUUACCACCAAACCAUUCUUCGUACUCUCUACGAUAUUCUCUGUAACUACCUAAGGACUCCCCUAGUAGAUAUCUAUCAGAAUACAUCUCAAAAUGGCCGCAAAGACGUACUCCCUUCCCCCGCUCCCGUAUGCGUAUGAUGCUCUGGAGCCCAGCAUCUCUAAGCAGAUCAUGGAACUGCAUCACACCAAACACCACCAGACCUAUCUCACGAACCUCAAUAAGGCCCUUGAGGCAUCAGCUAAGGCUCAUUCGAAUGGUAAAUUGCAGGAUGCUGCGGCCCAGCUGUCGGCCAUCCGUUUCAACGGUGGCGGUCACAUCAACCAUUCGUUGUUCUGGGAAGGUCUAGCGCCUUCCUCCUCUCCCGACUCAAAGCUUGAUGCCGCUCCUAAGCUCUCCAGUGCUAUCAAGGACACCUGGGGUAGCUUCGACAAGUUCAAAGAGGCCUUUGGAACCUCUCUGCUGGGCAUCCAGGGGAGUGGCUGGGGUUGGCUUGUCAAGGAAGCUGGCACCGGUCAGCUCCGCAUUGUGACUCUCGCGAACCAGGAGGCGGUUGUCGUAGGCGAUACUCCCCUCCUUGGCGUAGACAUGUGGGAGCAUGCAUAUUAUCUUCAGUAUCUCAACGGGAAGGCGGCUUACGUCGAGAACAUCUGGAAGGUGAUCAACUGGAAGACUGCCGAGGCGCGAUACGCUGGAAGCAGAGAUGACGCCUUCAAGAUUCUCAAGGCCAACAUGUAAAGGUAGAUAACUAGAUGACAGAAGUGUAACAGAUAUCUGCCACAGGCUAUUAAUUUAAGGAAGUGGGCUUGGUCGGGAAGACGCGUUCUCCAACGGAGUUUGAAGACUAUUACGUUCCGAUUGUUGCCCUAUAGCUAAAAUAAAUUAGGGGACGUGCCAACCACUUUCCACUGUAGGUUCGUUAAUGACGUAAGCCCUUGAUAAAGUAGAAAUUAUGUGAAACUGCAUGAAAAAUAAUUAGGUAGGUAGUAAAUCACCUUAGAAGG